AUGGGGCUAGGGGUUCUCCUCAUCCUCCUCCUCGUUGUCAGGGUGGCUGAGUCCCAGCUGAUCGUGUCCGUGGGGCCCUCCCCGGUGAGGGCCGUGCUGGGCUCGGACGUGCUGCUGCCGUGUAGCUUCGCUGUGGGCGAACCCAUCAGUCUGUCUAAAUUCUACCUGGGCUGGGCCCAGGGAGGUGAGAAGGUGGCCGAGUACCUCAGAGAAAAGCCGACUCAGCAGCCCGGGGUGAAGCUUUUCCCGGAGGAGCUGAGCAGGGGGAACUGCUCCCUGGGGCUGAGGAACGUGCGUCUGGAGGACGAAGGCAGAUACACCAGCACCCUCAUCUACACGCCUGACAAAUCUGAGCAGCACCUGGAGCUGCAGGUGACAGCUGCUCCCAGACUCUCCAUCCCCCGGCGAUCGUCCGGGACAGACACAGCGACCUCCUUCCCCUGCCACGUGUGGGGCUUCUACCCCCAGGACAUCGCCGUCACGUGGCUGAGAGACGGGCGGGUUCUGAGCGACGCCACCCGCUCUGCCCCCCAGAGGAACCCGGACGGGACCUUUAACCUCACCCUGACCCACACCUUCACCCCCACCGCGAGCGACUCCGGCAGCAUCUUCUCCUGCCACGUCAGCCAUGCGGCUCUGGCCCAGCCCCUGCAGGAGGAGUUCCCCCUGGCUGUCACAGGUGCAGGCGUGGCUCCUUCGAAGGCCAUCACUGGGGUCUGCAUCGCGCUGCUGCUAGUCAUGGUGGCUGGGUUAGCCAUUUACUGCUGGAGACAGCGGAGGGAACGGAAAGGUUCUUACCGUGCAGUGGAGACGUCCCCCGAGGACCCAGCUGGGAGCAGAGACAAGACGCGCGGCGAGGACACGGUGCUGAUGGGGAAUGAUGGGGUCAGCGGCGCCGGGGAGGGGUCUGAGAAGCAGCCGCGGUUACCUGCUCAGGGCCAGGAGCAGAGCGAGACACAGGAGCGGGUCACAGCAAGUUCUAAUUCUUCUGGAUCAAAAGCGUCUGACGUGGGCACAAGGGCGUCAUCCUGCAUCACGCAGGGGGGCCCAGAGGCAGAGGGGCCAUCCCCGAACACGGUCCCAUUGGGGGAGAUUGGAGGCCUGGAUGAGGAGCGAGUGGGGGCAGCUUCCCCACAGGCACAGCCGGCGGCAGAGGUGGCAUUCCCAGUCCAGCACCGUACGGCUGUAGACGGGGGAGAGAUGGAUCUCAGCCAGCACAGUCGGGAGGUGAUGUCACCCUGCAGCCAGACCCACGAGACGGGUCCCGGGGCGACCGGCGGCCAGAUCCACCAGAUGGGUCCCGGGGCGCCCGGUGCCCGCAAGACCCACCAGACGGGUGACAGGGCGACCAGCGGCCAGACCCACCAGAUGCGUCCCGGGGAUCCCGGCGCCCGCGAGACCCACCAGACGGGUGACAGGGCGACCAGCGGCCAGACCCACCAGACGGCUGACAGGGCGACCGGCAGCCAGACCGACCAGACGGGUCCCGGGGCGACCGGCGGCCAGACCCAGGAGACGGGUCCCGGGGCGACCGGCGGCCAGACCCAGGAGACGGGUCCCGGUGCGACCGGUGGCCAGACCCACGAGACGGGUCCUAGGGCGACCAGCGUCCAGACGCACCAGACGAGUCCCGGGGUGACCGUCGGCCAGACCCACCAGACGGGUGCCGGGGAUACCAGCGGCCAGACCCACCAGACAGAUGACGGGGCGACCGGCGGCCAGACCCACCAGACGGGUGCCGGGGAGACCGGCGGCCAGACCCACCAGACGGGUGCCGGGGAUACCAGCGGCCAGACCCACGAGACGGGUCCCGGGGCGACCGGCUGCCAGACCCACCAGACGGGUGCCGGGGAGAUCGGCGGCCAGACCCACCAGACGGGUGAUGGGGCGACCGGCGGCCAAACCCACCAGACGGGUUCCAGGGCGACCGGCGGUCAGACUGACCAGAUGGGUGCCGGGGCAUCCGGCGGCCAGACCCACAAGAUGGGUGCCGGGGCGACCGGGAGCCAGACCCACCAGAUGGGUGCCGGGGCGACUGGCGAUCAGACUCACCAGACGGGUGACGGGGCGACCGGCGGCCAGACCCAGGAGACGGGUCCCGGGGCGACCAGUGGCCAGACCCACGAGACGGGUCCCGGGGCGACCGGCGGCCAGACCCAGGAGACGGGUCCCGGGGCGACCAGUGGCCAGACCCACGAGACGGGUCCCGAGGCGUCCGGCGGCCAGACCCACCAGACGGGUCCCGUGGCAUCCGGGGGCCAGACCCAGGAGACGGGUCCCGGGGCGACCAGUGGCCAGACCCACGAGACGGGUCCCGGGGCGACCGGCGGCCAGACCCAGGAGACGGGUCCCGGGGCGACCAGUGGCCAGACCCACGAGACGGGUCCCGAGGCGUCCGGCGGCCAGACCCACCAGACGGGUCCCGUGGCAUCCGGGGGCCAGACCCACGAGACGGGUCCCGGGGCGACCGGCGGCCAGACCCACCAGACGGGUGACGGGGUGACUGGUGGCCAGACCGACCAGAUGGGUCCCGGGGCGACCGGCGGCCAGACCCACCAGAUGGGUGCCGGGGUGACCGGCGGUCAGACUCAGCAGAUGGGUGACAGGGCGACCGGCGGCCAGACCCAGGAGACGGUUCCCGGGGCGACCAGUGGCCAGACCCACGAGACGGGUCCCGGGGCAUCCGGCGGCCAGACCCACCAGACGGGUCCUGGGGCGACCGUCGGCCAGACGCAGCAGACAGGUCCCGGGGCGACCGGCGGCCAGAACGACCAGACUGGUACCGGGGAUACCAGCGGCCAGACCCACCAGACGGGUCCCGGGGCGACCGGCUGCCAGACCCACCAGACGGGUGCCGGGGAGAUCGGCGGCCAGACCCACCAGACGGGUGAUGGGGCGACCGGUGGCCAGACCCACGAGAUGGGUCCCGGGGCGACAGGUGGCCAGACGCACCAGACGGAUUCCAGGGCGACCGGCGGUCAGACUGACCAGAUGGGUGCCGGGGCAUCCGGCGGCCAGACCCACAAGAUGGGUGCCGGGGCGACCGGGAGCCAGACCCACCAGAUGGGUGCCGGGGCGACUGGCGAUCAGACUCACCAGACGGGUGACGGGGCGACCGGCGGCCAGACCCAGGAGACGGGUCCCGGGGCGACCAGUGGCCAGACCCACGAGACGGGUCCCGAGGCGUCCGGCGGCCAGACCCACCAGACGGGUCCCGUGGCAUCCGGGGGCCAGACCCAGGAGACGGGUCCCGGGGCGACCAGUGGCCAGACCCACGAGACGGGUCCCGGGGCGACCGGCGGCCAGACCCACGAGACGGGUCCCGGGGCGACCAGUGGCCAGACCCACGAGACGGGUCCCGGGGCGUCCGGCGGCCAGACCCACCAGACGGGUCCCGUGGCAUCCGGGGGCCAGACCCACGAGACGGGUCCCGGGGCGACCGGCGGCCAGACCCGCCAGACGGGUGACGGGGUGACUGGUGGCCAGACCGACCAGAUGGGUCCCGGGGCGACCGGCGGCCAGACCCACCAGAUGGGUGCCGGGGUGACCGGCGGUCAGACUCAGCAGAUGGGUGACAGGGCGACCGGUGGCCAGACCCAGGAGACGGGUCCCGGGGCGACCAGUGGCCAGACCCACGAGACGGGUCCCGGGGCAUCCGGCGGCCAGACCCUCCAGACGGGUCCCGGGGCGACUGGUGGCCAGACCCAGGAGAUGGGUCCCGGGGCGACCGGUGGCCAGACGCACCAGACAGAUUCCAGGGCGACCGGCGGCCAGACCGACCAGACGGGUGCCGGGGAGACCGGCGGCCAGACCCACCAGACGGGUGAUGAGGUGACUGGCGGCCAGACCGACCAGACGGGUCCCGGGACGACCGGCGGCCAGACCCACCAGAUGGGUGACGGGGCGACCAGCAGCCAGACCCACCAGAUGGGUGACGAGGCAACCGGCGGCCAGACACAAGAGACGGGUCCCGGGGCGACCAGUGGCCAGACCCACGAGACGGAUCCCGGGGCGUCUGGCGGCCAGACCCACCAGACGGGUCCCGGGGCAUCCGGCGGCCAGACCCACGAGAUGGGUCCCGGGGCGACCGGCGGCCAGACCCACCAGACGGGUGACGGAGCGAACAGCGGCCAGACCCACCAGACGGGUGACGGGGCGACCGGCGGCCAGACCCACCAGAUGGGUGCCGGGGCGACCAGGGGCCAGACCCACCAGACGGGUCCUGGGGCGACCGUCGGCCAGACGCACCAGACGGGUCCCGGGGCGACCGGCGGCCAGACCGACCAGACUGGUACCGGGGCGACCGGUGGCCAGACCCACCAGACGGGUCCCGGGGUGACCGGUGGCCAGAACCACGAGACGGGUCCUGGGGCAACCGGUGGCCAGACGCAGCAGAUGGGUCCCGGGGAUACCAGCGGCCAGACCCACCAGACAGAUGAUGGGGCAACCGGCGGCCAGACCCACCAGACGGGUGCCGGGGAGACCGGCGGCCAGACCCACCGGACGGGUGCCGGGGAGACCGGCGGCCAGACCCACCAGACAGGUGACGGGGCGACCGGCGGCCAGACCCACCAGACGGGUGCUGGGGAGACCAGCGGCCAGACCUACCAGACGGGUGAUGGGGCGACCGGCGGCCAGACCCACCAGACGGGUGACGGAGCGAACAGCGGCCAGACCCAUCAGACGGGUGCUGGGGAGACCAGCGGCCAGACCCACCAGACGGGUGCUGGGGAGACCAGCGGCCAGACCCACCAGACGGGUGACGGAGCGAACAGCGGCCAGACCCAUCAGACGGGUGACGGGGCGACCGGCGGCCAGACCCACCAGAUGGGUGCCGGGGCGACCAGGGGCCAGACCCACCAGACGGGUCCUGGGGCGACCGUCGGCCAGACGCACCAGACGGGUCCCGGGGCGACCGGCGGCCAGACCGACCAGACUGGUACCGGGGCGACCGGUGGCCAGACCCACCAGACGGGUCCCGGGGUGACCGGUGGCCAGAACCACGAGACGGGUCCUGGGGCAACCGGUGGCCAGACGCAGCAGAUGGGUCCCGGGGAUACCAGCGGCCAGACCCACCAGACAGAUGAUGGGGCAACCGGCGGCCAGACCCACCAGAUGGGUGCCGGGGAGACCGGCGGCCAGACCCACCGGACGGGUGCCGGGGAGACCGGCGGCCAGACCCACCAGACAGGUGACGGGGCGACCGGCGGCCAGACCCACCAGACGGGUGCUGGGGAGACCAGCGGCCAGACCUACCAGACGGGUGAUGGGGCGACCGGCGGCCAGACCCACCAGACGGGUCCCGGGGCGACCGGCGGCCAGACCCACCAGACGGGUCCCGGGGCGACCGGCGGCCAGACCCACGAGAUGGUUCCCGGGGCGUCCGGCGGCCAGACCCAGGAGACGGGUCCUGGGGCGACCGGCGGCCAGACCCAGGAGACGGGUCCCGGGGCGACCGGCGGCCACACCCACCAGUCGGGUCCCGGGGCGACCGGCGGCCAGAACAACUAG